AUGUCAAUAUCAGCUAAUGACUUCCACGUCGCUGCCAAAGGACUCUCUGACACACGGCUCAAACUGGAGGACCAAUCUAGCUGGGAGCAAGUCCAGCUCUUGACAUUAUAUGGCUCGAGCUAUCUACGGAUCACCAAGCCGCUGCCGGCUGGCGAAGACCAGAACGCCCGGCGCGAUAGCAGCGAGUCUGCAGCAGAUCUGGCACUGCACGAGGUCGACGAGGAAGCACUCCCGGUUCAGCAACAUCCAACAUCUGCCAGUCCACGAGUCAUCUACGACAUCGUCCAUUCGCCAUCGUACCAAGUCCCAGUCCUGUACCUGACUUUCAAAGACUUCCCGAGCGGAGCACGACCUUCGCUCGACGAAGUCUAUGACCUGCUCGUCCCAGCUGCUCACCAGAGCCAAUUGGAGUCCGUUGGGGUAAUGGGAGCCUUGAGCAUGGCGGAGCACCCGGUCACAGGCACGCCUGCGUACUUUGUGCACCCGUGUCGGACGCAAGAGGCUAUGUUAGCCUUGGUCACGGAGCGUACUGUCAAGCCACAGGACUACCUUUUACUCUGGUUGGGCGUGAUCGGCGGAGGUGUUGGGCUGAAUAUGCCCAUUGAGCUAGCACAGAUGGUGGGCGCGUCCUCGGGUCGAUAG